CUCUCCCUUUAUUUAAGCAAGCUCUCUUCUCCGCUCUGAUGACGGGACUGAAGGUACGAGACAAGAAUGGUCCUGCUGACCUGGGCCGAGCUCUAACGAUCCCAACUCUUGGGUCUCUGCCACUGGCUCCUGCGACUUCUUCUUCCAUUCCCUGGUAGGCGCGUUCGUGCCAGUGCGUGGUUCUCGCCCUAGAAUCUCUAGGUGCAGGAGACGGUCCUACCACAAUGCUAAAGCCAGAACUCAGAUCCCCGUGCCUUUACCUACCACUUGCGAUCUCUGAAGCAAGCAUUUAUUGGCCGCCUAGUUUGUGCUAUCCCAGGUGCUAGUCUCCGUGGAUUGGAGCACAAUCGUUGAGUAAUCCAUCCCUGCCAGGCAUGGCAAGUUUCAAGCCCAUCUUCCCUUUGUGGCGGUGAACUCCCCGCUCCACAGCCAUCCCUUGGACUCCUAGACCGGCCCCCGACCGCCAUCUCUCUAAGGAAAAGGGAACUUUGUUUUUAUCCUGGAGGCCAGAAGAGUUUUUGGUGGAGCAGCGGUCUAAUCCUCAUCUCCAGGUCCCAGGAUUCGAAGCAUCCUAAAAGCCCAGCCACGGGUUCCCUUGGCGUUCUGCUCCGCUGCCCUUCAGUCGUGCCCUGCCCUUCACAGCUGGCUUAGCUUCCUCCCCGCCCCCCCAGGCACGUGCCGCCCCCUUUCCUUUCCCACUUCCCGCUCGGCCCCCCAGCCCCGGCCCGGCUCAGCCCUGCCCCUCCCUCCUCCCCAGCUUUUGGAUUAGAGCUCCGCCCCGGCCCAGAUAACCUCACUAGCCAAGUCUGGGGCAGGAAGACUCCUCCUCCCGGGGCCCUAGUAAAUACCUCCCCCGCCUCCUUCCAGCCCGCGCAGCUGCUCCUCUGGGCCAAGUGAGACUGGGCUGCUCGCGACCCCGGCUGUGCGGCUCCCUUUAGGAACUUGAGGCGUUCGCUUGGUGCCUGUGCCGCCACUGCCGCUCAUUUUCAUGGCUACAGAUGUCUUUAAUUCCAAAAACCUGGCUGUGCAGGCCCAAAAGAAGAUCCUUGGGAAAAUGGUGUCCAAAUCUAUAGCAACCACCUUGAUUGAUGAUACAAGCAGUGAUGUUUUAGAUGAACUCUACAGAGUGACCAAGGAAUACACUCACAACAAGAAGGAAGCUGAGAAGAUCAUCAAGAACCUAAUCAAAACUGUUAUCAAGCUGGCCAUUCUGUACAGGAAUAAUCAGUUUAACCAGGAUGAACUAGCACUAAUGGAGAAGUUCAAGAAGAAAGUUCAUCAACUGGCCAUGACCGUGGUCAGUUUCUAUCAGGUGGAUUUCACCUUUGACCGGAAUGUGCUGUCCAGACUCUUGAAUGAAUGUAGGGAGCUGCUCCAUCAGAUCAUUCAGCGCCAUCUAACUGCCAAAUCCCAUGGACGGGUUAACAAUGUUUUUGACCACUUUUCAGAUUGUGAAUUCUUGGCUGCCUUGUACAACCCUUUUGGAACCUAUAAGCCUCACUUGCAAAAACUCUGUGAAGGAAUCAACAAAAUGCUGGAUGAAGGGAACAUCUGAGAGCCUGGAUUGCCAUUUUGACUGUGGAUGCAUUUCUUGUAAAUGGAGCACUGCUGAUUUAUGAAGGAAAAUAACCAUAAGAACCCCGGCUUGUUUGGUUUUGUGAUUUGGAGAUUAUAGAUACUCCAGAAAGACUUUGCCAAAUCCGUUCUCUGAUUAUGAGCCGUCUUAUUCCCCAACCACCAAGACUAAACAUCACGUCAGAGUGCUGCAUGGGGGCCUUGACUUUUAUUUGAAGAGGAGACUAGUGCCAAAAUACCUGAUUAAAAGCUACCAAGUGUUGAACAGGUCAUGAAAAUGAUGUUAAAUAAUGCAAAUGGCAAGAACGUUUUAAAGGGAAGUCCUUGUGAUGAUGGUACUACACCUAUUGUAGCUAACUUGUAUAAAGUUAUAUUUUUUUCACUUAUUUUCCUUCUUGAGGUGUGUUUGCUCAAAACCAAACCGAACCGAACCGAUCUUCCUUUUGAUGCCAACGCUACUUGAGAAACAACUUGGGUUUUCUACUUCUACCUUUGAUGCUUUUGCAAAGUUUUCCUCGAUAGUGUUAAGAUCCACGUCAAGCCAAAUCAAUUGCCAUGAAAAUUUUACUUUGAUUUUCGUGCCCUUCGAGUAAAGUUUUAGCCUUUGAGGAACAGGAAAUUAUAUUUAAAAGAAAUCAUAGUAUAAUAAAAUAUAUUAUAAUAGGAAUAACGUGUGUGCCCAUUUAGUACUGAUGGCGAUAUCUGUGUUUCCCAAAAUGUCAUGGGGCCAUGUUUACCUUGAGCGUUUGUCAGUGCAGUUGCUGGAGUAUAACUUGGAUGUUGUUUUGAAAGUGUUUUUCUGUUAAAUGUGGGAAAGACAUAAAUUUCAAAACUAAGAGAAAGAAGAAUGACAAUCUGCAAUAGUAUGGGACUCUUGGUAUGGGACCACCAAAAGCCAGUGACCAGUUGGUCUAAUAAACAGAGAGACCCAUUGUAAAUGUAUGGGUAGUUUUAAAAAAAAAGAACUUCCCAAAGAGCAAACAGAUCCAAAUGAAUGGAUUUCAGAUAUUUGAGAGGCUUUGUUGUGAAUACAUAGAAUGUCACUUUUUUAUUUAAUUACCAAAGUUGUUUAUUUUUUGUUGGAUAUUUUGAUGAUUAAACCAAAGAACAUUUGCACUUACA